CUGGGUGGGCACUGGUGGCUGGCACUGGUGGGCACUGGUAGGUGGCACUGGGGGGCACAGGUGGGUGGCACUGCUGGUGGCACAGGUAGGUGGCACUUCUGGGCACAGGUGUGUGACACUGCAGAGUGGCACAGGUGGGUGCACUGCUGGGCACAGGUAGGUGGCACUGCUGGGCACAGGUGUGUGGCACUGCAGAGUGGCACAGGUGGGCGGAGCUAGUGGGCGCACUGCUGGGCACAGGUGGGUGGAACUUGCGGGUGGCACUGCUGGG